ACCAACAGUUACCCUUAAACAGUUGGCACGCAGAACAGAGAGAGACUCGCCAUGUUUUGCUUAUCCAACCUUUCUAUAAGCAAACCCGUUGUUGCUAACGCAGCACUUCCCCAAAAAAGCAGCCAUUCUUCUUCUUCUUCUUCUUCACCUGAAAAACAAACUAAUGCUCCUAAACCCACCAAAAAAACCAUAACUUCUCUACCUAGAAACAAGCUUCGCGGUGGACCACCACCGCCCACCGUAAUCCAAAUCGAACGCAUCGUCGGCGCUGGAAGCUUCAGAGACGGCGAUCCCGAUACCGGAGAUACAGACGUAAGGAAAUCUGUUUUCGACUUGUUCUUGGGGCAAGCACUUGAAGGGCCUGUGGAGAAGAAGAUGAGGAAGACAGGAGAGUGGCUGUCUGCUAAUGCUGAGACUCGAUUUCGCUCUAAUGGAAAAAGAAUUAUGAUGUUUAUGUUUCAAUGGAUGAUACCAAUUUGGUUUAUAGCAUUCCUAGUAGCUUGUGGAGCCAUCAAGUUACCAUUCAGCAGCCCUUUUCUUGAUGACCUACUCAUGUGAGCACAGGCUAGUUGCUUUUUGCAGAUUGCAGGGUGGUAAAUUUCUCAAAGUUCAGGGGAGCACUAUCCAUAUAUUUUGUAUUUAAUAGUAUAACAUUCUCACCUGUUCCAAAAGCCGAAAUUUUAAUCAAUUUACCUGAACACUCUGUAGAUAUUUUACUUGUGACCCUAUUGAUCUAUAAAUACUUGUAGUUUUCCUUCCAUAGGUAGCAAUAUACUCGAUUGUUUCAUUCCAACGUUAGGACUUUUAUUAAGGCACAUGUUUGUUGCUCUUGUAAUGGACAAGUGGAGUAUUUCAGCAUUGAAAUCUUCCUUUAUGUAUAUUGGUGU